AUGCCUUCAACGCUCACAGAGGGGCAGCUCGAGGCUAUCAGUGCCAUUGAGAGAGCCUGCUCCGUCUUUUCGCUUCUCGGAUGUCUCUUCACGAUUAUUACGUUUUGCUCGUCGAGCGCCUUUCACAAGCCCAUCAACCGGCUCGUCUUUUACGCAUCAUUUGGUAACAUGAUGACCAAUGUCGGCACCCUCAUGUCGCGAGCCUACCUGCACAAUAUACUUUCCGCCGGCUGCCAGUUCCAAGCGUUCUUGAUUCAGAUGUUCAUGCCGGCUGAUGCAUACUGGACCUUGGCAAUGGCGGUCAAUGUCUAUCUUACCUUUUACUACAAGUUUGAUGCCGUAGCACUGAGACGUAUGGAGAUCCCCUACUUGGUGCUUUGCUAUGGUGUGCCCAUGAUUCCGGCCUUUGUCUUCAUAUUUGUCCAAGACCACCACGGCGCGCGCGUCUAUGGCAACGCCUUGCUCUGGUGCUGGAUCUCUCCAGAAUGGGACAUUUGGCGCAUUGCAUCUUUCUAUGGCCCAGUCUGGGUCGUCAUCAUUGUCACCUUUUUCAUAUAUAUUCGUGCCGGGCGCACCAUUUACGAGAAGCGCCAGCAGCUGCGUGACUUCCACAGUUCCGACCCCGACCCUCUGUCUGUCAACGGCGAGGCCGGCCAAUUCUCAGUGAAGACCACCGAAGUCACCAUCACCAGUGAAGCCAUCAACACUACUGAGGGGGCAUCCACACCCUUCGGUCGCCACACCGCAAUCACCGCAGAGCCGAAGAUGAUCAGCGAUGACAACAAUCGCGCGUAUUCUAUCCAUGUCACAUCUCACUCCGUAGCGUCUGCGCAGUCCAUCGAAGACGUGGAGCUGCCUCUCCAGGGUCGCGAGGACAGGGAAACUCUCAAGACGACGGCGCCGUUGCCGCCCCAGCCGAUCAGCAGCUUCAGCACGCGGCCACAGCCGGUACCGCGUGUGCCACGUGUGCCAAACCCGCACCGCCGCCGCAACCACGAGCUCAACAACGCGGCCUGGUCCUAUACCAAGUGCGCCAUUCUCUUCUUCACGGCUAUUCUCAUCACCUGGAUCCCGUCGAGCGCCAACCGCGUGUACUCGGUCAUCCACCAGAACGAGAUCAGCGUGGCUCUCGAGUUUAUGAGCGCAUUUGUGCUGCCACUGCAGGGCUUCUGGAACGCCGUCAUCUACGCCGUCACCUCAUGGGCGGCAUGCAAGCACCUGGCACACGACCUUCGCUACGGGCGCGCUCCCGAUGUCACCGAGCUCGUCGGCGGCAUGUCGUCAUCUGGCGCGGAGCAUUCCGAGUAUCCAUCAACCUCCCUUUCUGGCGAUCACCACAACAGAUUUAGCACGAGAUUACUGGGCUCUUCCAGAGUGAAGACGCCUGCGAAGCCGUUUGACACCGAGAGCGCCACGGAGCUGUCCGUCAGUCGAACGUCUUCUGCAGCCGGCCCCCGCACCUAA